GGCCCUUUCCACCGGUCCAGGGAGGGGACGGCGGGACAGGCGGGACCGGUGGGACCGGCGGGAGGGCGGACCGGGCGGGGACAUGGCCGCUGCGCCCGGAGGGUCUGCGCCGCCCGCCGGCCCCGGCCCGCGCUUGGGUUUCAGCACCGCGGACAGCGGCGUCGGCCUGAGCGGGCUAAACCCCGGUCCCGCCGUGCCCAUGAAGGACCACGACGCCAUCAAGCUCUUCGUGGGGCAGAUCCCGCGGGGCUUGGACGAGCAGGACCUCAAGCCGCUGUUCGAGGAGUUCGGCCGCAUCUACGAGCUGACGGUGCUGAAGGACCGGCUCACCGGCCUCCACAAAGGCUGUGCCUUCCUCACCUACUGCGCCCGGGACUCUGCUCUCAAGGCCCAGAGUGCACUGCACGAGCAGAAGACCCUGCCAGGGAUGAAUCGUCCGAUCCAAGUGAAGCCAGCUGCCAGUGAGGGCCGAGGAGAGGAUCGAAAACUGUUUGUGGGGAUGCUGGGUAAGCAGCAGGGUGAGGAGGACGUUCGACGCCUGUUCCAGCCCUUCGGUCAUAUCGAGGAGUGCACCGUCCUGAGGAGCCCAGAUGGCACCAGUAAAGGCUGUGCCUUUGUGAAGUUCGGGAGUCAAGGGGAAGCCCAGGCGGCCAUCCAGGGUCUGCACGGCAGCCGGACCAUGGCGGGCGCCUCGUCUAGCCUCGUGGUCAAGCUGGCGGACACGGACCGGGAGCGCGCGCUGCGGCGGAUGCAGCAGAUGGCAGGCCAGCUGGGCACCUUCCACCCCACGCCGCUGCCGCUCGGGGCCUGUGGCGCUUACACCACGGCAAUCCUGCAGCACCAGGCGGCCCUGCUGGCGGCGGCGCAGGGCCCGGGCCUAGGCCCGGUGGCCGCAGUGGCGGCACAGAUGCAGCACGUGGCGGCCUUCAGCCUGGUGGCGGCGCCGCUGUUGCCCGCGGCAGCAGCCACCUCCCCGACAGGCGGCGGCCCUGGCACGCUUCCUGGUCUUCCGGCGCCUAUUGGCGUCAAUGGAUUCGGCCCCCUUACCCCCCAGACCAACGGGCAGCCGGGCUCCGACACACUCUACAAUAACGGGCUCUCCCCUUACGCAGCCCAGAAUCCCCUGGCUGACCCCCUGCAGCAGGCCUACGCUGGGAUGCACCACUACGCAGCAGCCUAUCCGUCGGCCUAUGCCCCAGUGAGCACAGCUUUUCCCCAGCAGCCUUCAGCCCUGCCCCAGCAGCAGAGAGAAGGCCCCGAAGGCUGUAACCUCUUCAUCUAUCACCUGCCUCAGGAGUUUGGUGAUGCGGAACUUAUACAGACAUUCCUGCCCUUUGGAGCCGUUGUUUCUGCCAAAGUCUUUGUGGAUCGAGCCACCAACCAGAGCAAGUGUUUUGGGUUUGUUAGUUUUGACAAUCCAACCAGUGCCCAGACUGCUAUCCAGGCCAUGAAUGGCUUUCAAAUUGGCAUGAAGAGGCUCAAGGUCCAGCUAAAGCGGCCCAAGGAUGCCAACCGGCCUUACUGAUCUGCUCUCAUUGACCAGCCACAGAAAGCAGAAAAUGAAGAGUGAGAAGAAAGGAAAGGAAAAGCACAGAAAUGCUUGAGCAGCCCUUCCUGAAGGAGCAGCUGCUGAUGGAGGUGGAUCCGACCCAUGGCUGGGGCCUGGGCCCCAGGCCACUUUAGGGAUUGUUUCUUACAAGUGGGUUGUUCUGUGCCUGGGGCAAAGAGCUCAGGCUGCCAGGGCAACUGGGGCUGACUGAGGAUUGACUGUCCAGGGGAACCAGCAGAGGACCUUGGGGGUGCCACGGGCUUUCCAACAGGGAAGCCCAGAUUUACUUCUUUCAAAAUCAUAUCAUUCCUUAGAGUUUAGGGACCAAAGGACUAUUGCUUUUUUAAAAAUAUAUAUAUAUAUCUAUAUAAAUUAAAAAAAACACACAAACAGCAACAAAAAAGAGAAACACAAAUGACAGUGUAGAGUCUCAUAAAAGCUGCCUUUAAAUAUCCCUAGGAGACAGGGUGAAGGAGACCCUCGGAAGUCUCAGCCUAGGCCGAAGGAGGCUGUGGAAAGAUUGUUCUGUGUCUCAUUCCCUCUUGAACCCCCUCCCCACUUGCCCUUUUAAAAAUAAUUAAGGACUUGAGGUCUAGACUCAUAUGCAGGUAAUGAGAGAGCUAUGGAAGCAGUGAACCCACACCCCACAAUUCCCAAACUCAGAGAGGACCCCUGAAGAGGCCGCAGGGGGUGCUCUGGCCUGGCCUGGCCAUUAUCACCCUGAGAGUUCCCCUUAGCUAGCAGAAAUGGGAAGCUGCCCUUCUUUCUUGAUGGCCUUUCCCAAAGUGGAAUCACAGCUUCCCCAGGCAGGAAGAAAGAAGGAGUUUUGGCCACCCCAGCCUUCCCCUUCCCAGUCCAGAUAGACAGAGACCCUGCCUUUGGCUGAGCCGAGACACCUCCUGUUUCCCCUCACCUUGAGCUAGCCCCAGCGUCCCCUUGCUCCAGGCCACCUUCUGUCUCUAAGUUUGCCCACCUGUAAAGUAGAGUCAGGAUAUAUGUAGAGGGCUGUGACAACAGACUUGGAAGGUUUGCUACUGUAUAUACUGCCAUUGAGAAGGGGAUAAUUUUCAAUAUGUAGAAGCUUCAGAAUUAGAGGUCCCUCUUUACCCAGGACCUGAAAGGGAAGUAGAUGUUUUGCCAAAAUACUUCUUCAUUCCUUUAAAAAGUACAUCUUUCCUAUGCAAGAGUGUCUCACAUGUGCUUAUCCAAGGUGCUUCUAGAUGGUGAGCAGUGUUCAGCUUAGAAGUGGUGUGUGCUCUGUCUGUCUGUCUUUGUCUGUCUGUUGUAUACAGUGGGUGCCAUAUAAAGCUGAUCAUUGGUGGUGCUUCCUGCCUGCUUCUGUGAGAUGGGCAAAAGAUCCAGCUUAGAACACCAUGAUUCACCUUGCCUUGGUCAGUCUUUCCUGGGCCUGCAGGGCCUUGUGUAUAUUUUUCCCAAGAGGAUAACUUCUUCUCUACCCCACAGAGAUGAACCAACUUAGUCUGGGGCCCCAGCUGGGUGGUGGGCACUCCAAUUCCCAGAUGCUGCUGCGAGGCUGGAGGCCUCUGAUCUAUAUCACAUCAGAUAGUAAAGAAGGCUGGG